AUGGUAACUUUUGGAGAUUUAGGUGGAACUUCCCAGUGGGCGCAGCUAGAGUUUGUUGGUUGUCGGCAAAUCUGUCUCGCGGUGGAUUUUGUGGUCGAAGAUUUCCCUCGGUCUCUCACCUCAAAUCGAAAGUUGUCAGUAAGCGGAUCAAGGUUCAGCGAGCAUAGUAGCAUGGAUCAAAGGUUGAGAGCACAAAUAAGUCAAGUACCCAACAAUGAAAACCCAUCUCGGUUACUGAGUUUUUCACAUAGUCCAACCGUUGAGGAAUCUUCUUCACGUGCACAAACCGGUGAGGAGAAAAACAAGCAAAGGUGCAAGUGGACAACAGCUGAAGACCUGGUCCUCAUAAGUUCAUGGCUGAAUACCUCCAAGGAUCCAGUAGUUGGAAAUGAGCAAAAGUCAGGAACCUUUUGGAAGAGGAUUGCCACUUAUUAUAAUGCAAGUCCGAAAGUGGUUGGUUUCCCUAAGAGAGAGGUUAGCCACUGUAAGCAAAGGUGGGGAAAGAUAAAUGAAGGUGUCUGCAAGUUUGUGGGGUCUUAUGACGCUGCAUCUAAACAGAGGAGCAGUGGCCAUAAUGAAGAUGAUGUUUUGAAGGCUGCACAUCAAAUUUUCACCAAUGAUUACAAGCUUAAGUUCUCAUUGGAGCAUGCCUGGCGGGAGCUUAGGAAUGAUCAGAAAUGGUGUGGGAUUUAUGGAAGUAGUCAACAAAGCUCUGGUUCAAAAAGAAAGAGGGUGGGGGAACAACCAUCUUUUCAGUCAUCAGCAUCUAUGCCGAGUGUCAAUGCAGAUGAUGAAUCAACAGCUAGUCCUAUUGGCGUUAAGGCAGCAAAGGCCAACAAGGGUAAAAGGUCAGUGGGAGAAGGAGAGAAGAUUGUGGAAGGGUUUCAGCAAAUGUGGGAGCUAAAGCAGAAGGACACUCAAGAACAGUUUGCUCUCGAAAAUAUGAAGGAUAAGGUUAACAAGACCAAACUGCUUAACAGUUUGCUCUCGAGAACAGAGCCACUUAAUGAAAUAGAAGUGGCUCUUAAGAACAAACUGAUGACCGAAAUGUUCUUCUUUCUCUCUUAA